AUGAUUUUUAGUAUAAUAACAAAGCUGCUACUAGUAGCAUACACUGUAUGCGCAAGAAGUAUGCCAAAGGAAAUAAAGGACAUGCAUGAGACUCUGUUCGGGAGAGAAGGUUGUUUAGUAGCAAUCCACCCAGAUGGCCCACUCAGUCCAUUCCGUGGGUAUAUUAUGCACAAAACUGGGUAUAUGUAUAACAAGAGACUCUAUGCACCCGAAAUAGACACCGAAUAUAGUCUGAAGCCAACUAAUGAAGUAGCAGAUAAUGGAGGCCCAAUUUACAAGUAUAUAAGAGACCCCGCCAAGGACAGGCCAUAUACAGAUAUUUGUGAGGAUCUGGAGAAGAACGAGUAUCUUAAGCAGUUUCAUACACAGCUAAUUCGGAUGUUUUCCUUUGCAGAAGGGUCGCUUUCUAUUGUAGCAGACAGAGAAGAUGCACUGUAUUCAUUCUUAAAAAGGGAUGAAGUGCAGCCACAGAGCAUGUACAUUCUGGCUGCUCUUUUCCUCUUGUCUGAGAAGGUAAACAUUCCUAUUGUAGCAGAGUUAGAAGAAGGAAAAGAAAAGCUUGUUCUAAAAAGUAAAGAUGAAAAAACUACAUAUGUUACCCAGAGCCUUGUUUUAUAUGAAGACAUGACACGGCUAAAAAAAGGAGAGAAGAACUAUCACACAGAGACUGUGGACAUUAUUGCUUUUCUGCGCAGGUAUAUAGACAAUCCCCAUAUGCAUGGGCUCACUGAGCCAAUUUCAUAUAAGCAGUUUAUGUCAGGGGAAUUUUUGAGUACUCCACAGUUCCUUAUUCAGUCAUACAUAUACGAAUUUGUUGGCAUAGCAGGCCGAUAUAUUGAGUUUGUAAAUGCGGUGCAUACUCUUUUAACUGAGCAAAUAGAUUACAAUGACUCUGGUGUAUUUAAUGCAAUAAAUAGUGUAAGCCAGAGGGAUAGCUAUGUGUUUGAAAAGUGCUUUAUAGAAAAAGAAGAUCUUUCUAGCGCAAAAGACCACAUAACCUCCAUUUAUGAAUACAGCAAGAUGCUAGACAGCUAUGAUGCUUUCCCUUUCAUUACACCACUACAGCUGCCACACUACAAACUAAUGAGUACAUAUAGCAGAGACACAGAUACUUUUAUACUGGAUGACAAAAGAAUGUAUUUCAACUGUUCAGAGACUGUUCUGCUAGGCUUAUUAUGCUGUCUGGUUUAUGACCCAGAAAUGAGAGCAUACACAACGGAACAUUUGCCCAAGGCUUCAAAGCCAUUGAAAGACUUUUUCAGAAAAUACAGCAAGCCGGUUGAAACUACAGGAUAUGAGAUGCAGCAGGACUGGUGCAGAGUAGUGGCAGACUUGAAGAGUGAUAAGAUUCUGUAUAGGCUUGAGGGAGGCAAUUUGCUAGGCGGUGGCCUGUUAAACAUUUUAUAUGUUCUAGCAGAAGUGGCUGGAGAGAGCCAAGAAGCUUGCAGAACACUUAAUUACAUAGAGAAGAUGUGCUGUGCAGGGAAGAUAUCUAACCCGAAUGACAUAGAAGAGUAUCUAACUAAUAUGCUCAGGUCACUAUCAAAGAAUAAGAAUCUUAUAGUAGAGUCUAAUAAGCUUAUAUUAAACAUGCGAGAAGAUACAAAGCACGAUGUUUUUGGUGGAAUAAAGCUAAUGUACACAGCCAAUGGUAUAAAACACGGAAUAUUUAUGGAUAUACGCCUACGCCUGGCCAGAUUUGUCCCGAUAGAAGAUUUAUUAUCUAGUGAGAACGACAAAACCGUAGAACGCACGCUUACUGAAAUACAGAGUGCGUACAGUGACCCAGAAAACUAUAUAGAGUGUUUGAUUGGACAGUACAUCGGCAUAGAAUUGGGUAAGACAGAUAUCUGGUAUAUACAAUCAAGGUACCUUCUUAAUGAGAAAAUUCAAGCGUGCAUCAAAGAUAACUCAAACAGUGUGUACAGUCUGUUUAUUUUAGGAAAGAUUGAUUGUAGCGAUUAUGUGGUUCGAAUCAUCACAUAUUUUUUACCUCUCUAUAGAAAAGAGUACGCUUUGUCAGAAAAUAGUCCGCUGGUUCGGUUUACCAGCAACAUAAUAGGCAGUGUUCCUCUGGACAAUCCGGUGAUAAGAGAGGAUGUUUUAAUUGGCCACCAUUAUAGUGAAGAAUUCAGUAGGUACUAUCCGCGAAUUGAAAUAUACUAGAAAAAGGCCAUGAAAAUUGUCUGUGUAUGUUUUUACACGGGUUCAAAUGAAUCGAAUGUGCCAAGCUAUCCAUAGGAUGUUUGGGAAUACAAUGUUUGUUAGAUGUAUUACUACUAUUAUUUCUGGUUAUUUUAAGUACCUCUGGGGCCAAAAUUCUAUGAGGUAGUGUUUUAUUUUAAGUAUACAAUAUAGAACAUCCAGAAAUAGCAGAAGAGGCGUGUACACGAUAGGUGUACAUAAAACAAAUGUCUGCUCAAUAGUGGGUACAGACCAUCAUAAUAAAGAG